AUGCCAGCGUCAUCGUCCAAGGCCGCGCGGCAAUCGCUGCCGACGACAUCCACAAGGUCAUCUAUGCGACAGCGGAUACGGCAGUCGUCCAGGCUCAUCGUCGCCGCCUCGGCCAUGGCCGCUCUGAUGUGUGGGCCGUCGAUUGCCGCCGCCGCCGACGACUUCCCCUCGAUCGAUUUUGGCCUGCUGGGCGCCGUCGGCGUGUCGGGCAGCUUUGCGGCGCUCGAGAUCUGGAACCAGACGGGCGCAUCGUCGGGGCCCAACGUCACCUACGACGCCAACGCCUCGACGCUGCUGCAGAGGGCCGGCAAUGGCACGCUGACAAAGGUGAGCGCCACCGAGCGCGGCGGCUCCAUCCGCGCCAUCUGCCAGCUGCCCGGAUCGCCCGACACCGUCUUCGUAGGAGGCACCUUCUUCUCCAUCGGCGGCACCUCGGUCAGCAACAUCGCCUCUUACAACACCCAGACCAAGGCGUUCGACGCCCUGGGAGGCGGUCUCGACGGCGACGUCCUCACCCUCUACUGCGACGCCGAGCGUCGGCAGGUGCUUGCCGGCGGCAGCUUCAGCGGACCCGUCAACGGCAAGACCGACCGCUACCUCGGCUCGGUCGCUUCGUGGAGCCAGGACAGCGCCGCUUGGUCGCCCAUCGCCUUUGGCGGCCUCAACGGCACCGUCAACGCGAUAGCCGCCGGCGCCAACAGCUCGCUGGUGCGCUUCGGCGGCGAGUUUGACACGAGGUUCGCGUCGAUCGGCGCCAACGGCCUCGAGUCCGGGACGAGGAGCUCGGCGUCGUCGCUCACCAACGCGCUGGCCCCCAUCUCGCUCGGCCAGGUCGAGUUUGUCGGCGGGCCCUCGUCGGGCGAGCAGGGUUACAGCAACCCGGCCCAGGUCCUCUGCCCCCAGGGCGGCGACGGCCCCAACAACAGCUACCUCUUCGAGGACGGCGCCGUGGGCCGGCUGACGGCGCGCGCCUUCCGCAGCCUCGACGUCCGCGCGAUCCGCCUGGGCAACACGUUCAUCGAUGGCCGCGGCACGCGCACCUUUGGCGUCGUCUCGAUCCCCGACAACACCGAGCUCGAGCUCCUCUAUCUCGACCCGCAGACCAACCAGAACGUCACCUGCACCAACAAUUGCACCCUCUCGCAGGACCCCACGCUGCCCUACCAGGACUUUUUGAUCCGCGACGUCCCGGCCAACAACGCGCCCGGCGGCGUCAAGACGCUGACGGGCGUCCAGUUCACCGCGUCCGAGCACUACGGCGCCGGCGCCGGCCUGCACAUCCUCGAGCUGCUCUCGUCUGGUGGGUGGGCUUACGCCUACAACGCGCUCAACCGCGGCGCGUGCAACUCGCCCGAGGAGGGCGUCAACGGCACUUCGUCGACCACCACCACCGAGGGCGGCUGGUACCCGACGGCCGUCACCACGCUCUCGGGCACCAGCGAGCCGGCGCUCGCCCUCACCGACUCGUACAGCAACCUCCAGGCCAACACCGACGCCACCGUGACGUUUUCCGUCGACAUCCCCGUCAACGGCAACUACACGGUCAACAUGUUUGUGCCCGGCUGCGCCAAGAGCGGCCAGUGCGGCGAGCGGACCGACGUCAACGUCAACGUCUUCCCCGUCGCCAACUCCCAGGGCCGGCUCACCCGCAUCUCGCAGACCAACGCCGACGACCGCACCGUCGAAAUCUACUCGGGAGAGAUCCAAAAGGCCGCCGACGGUUUCAGCCCGACCGUGAUCCUCUCGAUCCCCGACGAUGCGCCCGCGCCGUCGGGCGGCAGCCGCUUCACCGUCGUCGCCGACCGCAUCGGCUUCGUCCUCCGCGACUCGAACGAGACGCUGUCGAUGAGCCGCCAGACGGGCUUCGGCGUGCUCGAGUACAACGUCUUCGACGACGCCGUGGCCUCGAUCCGAAACAACGGCACCGGCACGCUGCCCAACACCACCAUGACGGCGAUCGACACGUUUUCGGCGACCCUCUUCAGCCGCGGCGUGCGCCGCACCGAGAACGAGUACGUGUCGGCCGUCGUCAGCGCCGGCGGCAAGACGUUUGUUGGCGGCAGCUUCGAGUCCAACAACGGCACGAGCUUCGCCAACAUCGCCGCCUUCACCGACGAGAGCCAGGGCAAGGAGGCCGUCGACAUCGCCAACGGCGGCCUUAACGACGAGGUUCUCGCACUGGCCGCCGUCGGCGGCUCCGUCUUUGCUGGCGGUCGUUUCACCCGCCUCGCCGACAACUCGGCCGCCGUCUCGUACGUGGCGCGCUACGACCCUGCGGCGGACACGUGGGCGCCCCUCGGCGGCGGCACCAACGGCGCCGUGCUGUCGCUGACCCCGCUGCCCUCGAACCAGCUGCUCGUCGUCGGCGACUUUGACAGCGUCAACGGCUCGACCCAGGCGGGCGUGGCGGUGUGGGACACGACCUCCAACGCCUGGCAGACCCAGAGCAUGUUCCUCUCCGGAACCAUGACGGCCGCGUCCUCGUCGGCGAGUGCUGCAUCCGACAGCAGCUACGUUGCCGGCAGCGUCAAGGCCAUCAGCCACCACUCGGCGUCCGGUGCAGUCGAGCUGACAGCUCCGGAGCGCAGCGGCGACCCGCCGACGAUUGAUAGCCUCAACUUCCAGUUCACGGUCCCCACCGAGAGCUCCGACGCGCCCAAUCCGUCGUCGAGCAGCAGCGGGGCCCGUCGCCGCGCCGUUGCGGCACGCUCGCAGCAGGUCCCGCAACGCCUCGAGGCGCGUGACAGCACCGGCGGCGGCAGCCUCAAGUCGAGGCUCCGCAGCCUCCUUCCCCGCUCCGAGGUGAAGGCGGCAUCGCCCUUUAUGCAGUCGCAGACCUCGCUGAUGAAGCGCGCCAGCGCCCUGUCGCCCUCGUCGCUCGCCUCGUCCGGCACCAACGAGGUGCUCGCCAGCGCCUUCUGGCAGCGCGACGACGGCAGCUACGUCAACAUCAUCGGCGGCAACUUUAGCACCACCGAGGGUGUCCGCAACCUCGCCAUGUACGACGACAAGGCAGGCGAGCUGUCGGCCUUUCCGCCCCUGCCCGCCUCGACAAUGGCCGACGGCACGCCGCUGACGGUGAUCCGAUCGCUGCUGGUCGACUCCGACAUCCUCUACGUCGGCGGCGACGGCGGCCUCGAGACCUACGACCUCAAGAAGGGCACCUGGAGCGAGAGGGCCGCCGCGCUCAACAGCCGCACCAGCCAGGAGCUCUCGGUCACCUCGAUCAACCACCGCCCCGACACGUCGACGAUCAUCGUGGCGGGCAACUUUGACUCUGCGGGCUCGCUGCCGUGCAUGAACAUCUGCGAGUGGGACAGUGUCGCGCUGCGUUGGACGCCGCUAGGCGCGGGCGUGGGCGGCGAGAUCUCGACCGUUGACUUUGCAGGCGGCAAGGCCAAUCAGCUCAUCGUGGCCGGAUCCGUCUCGGUCAACAACGUCGAGGCGGCGCUGGCCAGCUACAACUUCGACACGCAGAUGUGGUCGACGCUCGGAUCGAUCGGCACCGGCGCCGGACAGGCGCCCGGGCCCGCGACGGCGGCCAGCGUCGAUGACCUCAACCCCAACUCGAUCUUUGUCGCCGGCCGCACCUCGGACGACACGGCGCCCUACCUGGCCAAGUGGGACGGCGCGCAGUACACGGCCGUCGACGGUGGCGAGCUGAUCGGCGACUCGGGCGUAGCGCAGCUCACGUUUGUGCCCAUCAACAAGGCGCACGCCGGCAACUCGGUCCUCGAAAACAACCGCCUGCUCGUCGUCAGCGGCAAUCUCGAGACGCAGAGCUAUGGCCGGCUUUCGAGCCUCCUGUUCGACGGGCAGGGCUACAUCCCCUUCCUGCGCGCGACCAACCUCAAUGGCUCCUCGGGCAUCGUCCGCUCCUUUAGCCGUUCGACCGAGGUGCUCAAGUUCCCCAACCUCCACCGCCUCGCCGUCGGCCUCGUCAUCCUGAUCUCGAUCGCCAUCGGCCUCGGCAUCGUCUUCCUGCUGGUCCUCCUCGGCCUCAUCUGGGCCUUGAGCCGGCGGAGACCCAACGAGCAGGUCGACGUGCCCAUCUCGGGCAGCGAGGACUCGCUCGCCGUGGGCGAGAAGAAGCGCCCCUCGAGCUUGCUGGCGACGCUCAACGCUGCCACCGAGAACGCCAUGGUCGGAGGCGGGCCAGGAGCCGGUGCGAGCGGCGGCGGCGGCAUGGUGGGCCGCGACGGCUUCCCGCUCGCCGGCGCUGCCGUCGCAGGCGGGGCGGCAGCGGGGGCGGCAGCAGCGGCGGGCAGGACAUCCUCGUCCGGCCACGACAAGCACGACUCGGCACAGAUGGGGACAAUGGAGAACAGCGACGGCACAGGGCCAUCGCAGUACCACAGCGAAGGCGCGCACACCGGCUACAGCGCGCGCACCCAGUACCUGACCGACGAGGGCGAGUACCUCGACGGCGCGGGCGAGGCGGCGGCCGGCGCCGGGGCCAUCGAGAUGAUGGACAACCAGGACGACUCGCCGGGCUCCGAGGGCAUCCCUGCCCACGCGCGGUACGACUUUGUGCCGAACCACGAGAGCGAGCUCGGCGUCACGGCCGGCGAGGCCAUCGAGAUCCUCGACGACCAGGACGAGCACUGGUGGCUGGCGCGCAACGCAGAGGGGCGGACAGGCGUCAUCCCGAGCACGUACGUGCUAUGA